UUGAAACCUUAGCUAACCGAACAUGAUUUAAAUUUCCGGAACCGGAAAUAGAGUUAUGCCUCAUCUACUCCCUCGUUGUGAUUGGCUGAAGUCUGUUGCGAAACAGAGGGUUGGAUUUCGUGGAAUCCGCCAUUUUGUUUGAAGCUUUUUCCGUUAGUUCCCUUUUCGGGCUAAUUUCUGUAAAAGAGAUGGAUUUUAUUGUCAUUUGAGGUUUCUGGCGAGUACAGCUACCCACAUUACGGAGAUGCAGGACGGAGACAGGGCUGAUUUAAAGCGUUGCUGGGUUUGCUUUGCAACCGAUGAGGAUGAGCCAUCAGUGGCCUGGGUCAAGCCUUGCUUAUGCCGUGGCACAACCAAAUGGGUCCAUCAGUCCUGUUUACAGCGCUGGAUUGAUGAAAAGCAAGCUGGAAAUUCAGCAGCAACCGUUUCUUGCCCUCAGUGCAACACAGAUUAUAUCAUUAUGUUCCCACCAUUAGGGCCUUUGCUCCAAGCCAUUGAAAAUAUGGAUCGCAUAGUAAACAAAGUCUGCCCGUUUGCUGCUGCUGGUAUUGUUGUUGGGUCACUUUAUUGGUCGGCUGUAACAUAUGGUGCUGUAACAGUAAUGCAAGUACUUGGUCACAAAGAUGGACUAGAAGUGAUGGAGAAAGCUGACCCAUUAUUUCUAUUAGUUGGCCUGCCAACAAUUCCCUUGACCUUGAUCCUUGGAAAGAUGAUUCGCUGGGAGGAUCAUGUACUAAGAUUCUGGCGUAGACACCUCAGCAAGCUUUCAUUUAUGAGUUUCUUCCUCCCAAAAUUAAAGAGUGACAGUGAUGUGGGUUACAUGCGGGAACCUGCUGAAGCGACUCCCCUCUCUGACCCUGUGUCUGCGACUAGGGUGCUCUGCGGCGGUCUUAUUCUACCAACCAUUGCUACUCUUGUUGGAAAAGUUUGCUUUGGAUUUGUUGAGUCUGGGCUACAUCGUGCAUUACUGGGUGGAAUCACAUUUGUAGCCUUCAAGGGAGCUGUCAGAAUUUAUUACAAGCAACAACAGUACAUAAGACAAGCACAGAGAGUCAUUGAGGACUAUACCAACCAGUAAACCUGAGGCGUGUUACUACGCUCAGUAACGGGCCAGAGCAUGGAAUGGUGUCCAUGAUUUGAAAAAUGCUGACGAUAGCAUUAAUUCUCUAGCGGACAUGAAUUACCUGUGUGUAGUUGAUGAUGUUAGGUAGGGUGUAUGACAUGCCCAAAUAUUUACAGUUAGGAAAAUAGAAAAAUGGUAUUUGAGUGACUAUAAAGUGUAACAGUUGUAGCAAGUACUAGCAAGAGUCACUCGAGAUCCGUCAAGGUGUGUUUAAUGUCAGUAACUUUAAUACCACGUAUGUAAAAGAAAUGUUGCUAUAAACUAUACAUGAAGGAGAUCCUUCAUUUGACUUGGAUCUUUGAUGUAGGUAUUUUGUUGACUUAUCAUGUGAAGGUUUGACAUGGUAUUAAAGCCGCAUUGUCACCAGUUUACUUCCAGCGGUCUAACGGAAACCUCAACCGUUAAAAGACAAAAGAAUCUAUUAGAAUCCGAGAUAUUAAACAGGCCAUCCGCUGUAAAUUACCAAUCACAUCCUCAAAGAAACUUCCAAAUAGACACACUGCUUUUAAUAUUUUGAAAUAUUUUUCACGUUUUCUGUUUAAAAUCAUCGGAUAUUGUUACGUAAUCGACCGGAAGUAAACUGGUGACAAUGCUGCUUUCAGUGUUUGAUAUUGAUAUUUCUAUGAUUGGGAUGGAAUCAUUACCAUGUUUUGCUAUUGAAUGGAGCAGUAGAUAGGAUAAUGUAUAUUUUUAAUAAUGCUCAUAUAUCAACCGAAUAAUUAUCAGUAAUGGUAUAAUAAACUUGUUUUUACAAGGA